AUGCUCUUAUCUAGAUUAUUAACAUUGACUGUUGCUAUUGUUGGUUCAACAGCUGAAUUCCAUUUACGUAACCAAGUUAUUGUGAAUCAUGGAUAUUCUGAUAUUUCCGAUGAAAUUUUCGAUAAUUUGUCUCGUGAAGAUGGUGAUUUCAUCAAUUUCAACAUUAACAAAGUUCAAAUUGCCAAUGGGACUGCUUGUGAUAAAUGUAAAAGCAGAAUUAUCAAUGCCAAAAAUUUAGUCGAACAAAACCCUGACAAAGAACAUUUGGUCGGUUUAUUAUUGUUCAAAAAUUGUUUAAACACCCAAUGGAGAGAAGCUUGUCAAUGGACAGAUUUUUUCGUUACUACUUCCUCUAGAAAUGAACAAAGAUUUAAUGACGAUGGUCCUGAUGCUGGUAUUUCCUCUAUUAGUAAUGUCAAUUUCUACGAUAAUGAUUUCCUUCAAAUAAUCAAAAAAUUCAACACUUCCAGUGAAUAUGAUUUAGAAACAUAUUGCUAUUUCAAGGGGAACAAAGCUUGUAAAUUACCAGCGACUCCAAAUGUCACUGAAUUGUUUGACCUUGAAAGUUGGUGGCCCAAAAAGGACAGCAAAUAUGACCUGCCUCCAGUUUACACCAAUAAUUCAGAAACAUUUAAUGUUUUACAUGCCAGUGAUUUCCAUAUCCAAUUAGAUUACAAGUUGGGUGCAGAAGGUAACUGUACCCUGGUUCCAUGUGGAACUUCUAGUUCAUACUCCAAAGAUGCACCAGGCAAAACAUACAAUUUCACAGACUAUUACAAGUCGUUCAAUAAUGAUGUAUCUGGCAGCGAUAUAUCCUUUUACCCUGAUUCCCAUUAUGAUGAAGAUGCUAAAUUCUCCAAAGGAGACUACUACGAUUUCCCUCAAUACUUUGGUUGGUCUUUCAAUAAAGCACCUGCUACUUCAUUUGGAGCAUAUUUAUCGGACGCACCAUACUUGCUUGUCAACAAUUCUAUUGUCGAAAUGAAAAAGCUUCAUCAAGAAAAGAACUUUGAGUCUAUUAUUUUCACUGGAGACAGUUUUUCUCACAAUGGUGAGCUUGCCAAUCCUGACGAAUUAAAGUUUUCAGAAGCAGCUAUUUUCAACCUGAUCAAUCAUUAUUUAAAUGGCGUACAAGUUUUCCCUGCAUUGGGGAACCAUGAUACCAUGUUCAGAUAUGCUGAGGUUGCUCCACGUAUUUACGUAAGCAAUGCUAGUUAUUAUUGGAAUGAAGAUUAUGUGACUGAUCUUUGGGUAAACAAUGGUUGGUUUGACAAAAAAGAUGCUGAUGCAAUCAAGACCCAUUAUACGGGAUAUUCAUUUACUACCAAAAGAGGAUUGAAAGUGAUUGGACUCAACUCCAAUUUUUAUUAUGGUGACAAUCUUUGGAGUUAUGGAGAAACUACCACCAAACCAGACAAGUUUGGUAUUUGGAAAUUUUUAAUUGAUGAAUUGGUUGAUAGUGAAUCCCAUGGUCAAAGAGUUUGGAUUUUGGCUCAUAUUCCUUCAAACAAUUACGAUGUUUUACCAAUUCAAUCACAUAUUUUUGCUGCCAUUGUCAAACGGUUUUCCCCUUACACUAUAGCCAAUUUGUUUUUUGGACACACUCAUAGAACACAAUAUUCUGUCUACUAUUCAACAAAUGACACCAGCAGGAUUGAAGAUGCCCUUACAGUGUCAUGGGUGAAUCCUUCUGUUACUCCAUAUACUAAUUUCAACCCUGGAUUUAGAUACUAUGAAGUUGAGAAUGAGAGUUUUAACAUUCGUAAUUCAUUUAGUUACUAUUUCGAUUUGAACGGGACAUUUACCAACAGUGGUAAUGAGCCAACAUGGAAAUUGGAAUACUCAGCCAGAGAAUCAUAUGACCCUAAGGGAACUUGGCCAAAAGACGCUCCUCUAAAUGGUACUUUCUGGCAUUCCUAUGUCUCCAAAUAUUUGUGGAAUACCACCGAUACCCAUUUCAACCAGAAAUUUAUGAAUAACAAGUACAGGCAAAGUCCACUUACUCCAAACUGUACCACUGCCAAAAACGCCCUUGACGACAAAUGUUACAACGACAACAAUUGUUUCCUUUACUUCUUAUCAGACGACAAUAUUCUUUGUCAAAAGGGGUAG